AUGGCAAAACGAGUAAUAAGCAAUCCAGCCGUAUUCAACAUCAUCACGCGAUAUAUCCUAAACUGCAACAACGACUACGAUGUCGGCAACUGUGAGUGGUCUGACGGAUCCCGAUCAGACAUUGUACUCGUUCCCAAGGCCACCACACUCGAUUUACCCCCUCUGAUAAUCGAGAUCCAACAACGUGUGGACGUCAAAUUCAUGAAACGAGUGAUAAAAUACGCCCUCGAGGCUUACAAACGCUAUCAACGCGAUCCAAUCAUCCUUAUCAUUUGUGUUGAUACGGUGCACGAUGAUGUUAUGACUUUGAGUCAACCAUCUGAUGUCACGGGUUGUGUCGACAUUCCUUGCGCGUUAUGGGCAUCAAAGUGUAUCUUGGCUUGCGAUGAAAGCCUUAAAUCUUGCAAUCAAGUAACGCCUCUGCAGCCAUUUAUCUCCCUUUGUCUGUUCUUUACCAAAAAUGCGCCAUCAAUCAACGACACAUGUUGGAGCACGGAUACAACCAUGCAGCUAUUGUAUGGCUUGGCGAAGGAUCACUAUGACAGCAUCAUUGGUAAUGAGCAACACCUAUACGAAGCACUGCAACAAACGAUCGAGGAACAGCAGCGUGAAUAUAAUAGUUUGCGUGAUAUGAUAGCAAGGCAGGCGCCGAUGAACGAACUUGAAUCAAUAAUCAUUACUGCUCAAGAAAGGAAUGCGACUUUGAAGCGGAAGUAUGACCAAAUGACAAGCAGCACAAGUGAUGAAGUGCCAUCAAGUGACCAAAUACAAUCACAACCAAGUAAUAGCACUAAUACCGAAGUGGAGUCACAAUCUGAAACGAUGUUCCAAAAGGCAAUGGCAUACGUUGAUGACUUUGCCGAAAAACGACGAUCAAAAGGAUACACGCAGAUGGACUGGGUAACUUGUUAUAACGAAGGCACCAAAGCAGGAAUAUUCGAUUACAAGAACAAGGAUGUACUCAGAAGUUUGUAUACAAGAUAUACAAAAGAUAAAUAA